AUGUCGGAGGAGGCAGCAUCCGCUCCACCGGUCAUUGCUGAAAAUGGGGAGAAAUCGGCUGAUGAUGAGACCAUCAAGAAAAUGUCGGAAGUGAAGAUCAGCGAAUCAUCUGAAUCCACGCAACAACCAGCGGAAUCAGAGCAGGAUGCAAGAAGUGAUAACGCCAGAGAAAAUGGUGAUGACGGUUUCCAUACACCAGAGGCGACCGAUGAAGGUGCAAAGGAAGCCGCGGAAGGUAGGUACUAUAUGCAUGAUUCUCGGGACGCAGAUGAAGAAGUAGAAGAAGACAAGAAGAUAAGCAGAGCAGAUGGAACUUGGAAGCAUGAUAGGUUUGAUGAGCGAUGGCAGCGUCCCAAAACAAAGAAGCAGAUUAUGACACGCUAUGGCUUCGAUAUUCGCGAAGGGGAGACUCAAGAAGAGGCCGAGCAGCGGAAACGUUCCGAGGAUGCCAAAAAGGAAGUAGCUAGGGAUGGAGAAUCAACUGGCGUGAAGAGGCGACUAAAGAGGGAAAUACGACCGAAGCCCAGACAACGAUCCGAAAGGAUCGGAGAAGCUGUGGCAAAACCUCGACCUCAAAAGCCGGUUGCGGUGAAGCCUGAAAGACAAUCUGUUGAGGAAAAGUCGUCUCAUGGAAAUAGUGAUGAAAGAGUGACAAGCGAGAGACGGGUAAAUGACGACGACGAUGAUGAUCUGCACGUGGGUCAGCGACGCCAAAUUCGUUCGGAGCAUCGACGUGAUCGAAACGAGCGUGUGGAUGUUCGUGUUGUUCGCAAUGUACGUGGCAGCCGUGGUGGCAUAGGCGCACAUCGAAUGGAUAGACAUCACGCGGGCGCAUGA